CCAUCCGUUCCUUCGCCGUUCCAGUUCUCCUUACCUCUUCAGAGCUCGCCAGGAGAUCCAUCCUGUGCACACCUGAGUCUAAUCGAUCGCAUGGCUCCCACCGUCUCUUCACGAGGCGCGCUCGUCCUCGGGCUGCUCUUCGCUUCCGCGCUCCUCACUCUCGCCGCCCGACCGAAAUGCGUGCUGUACUCGAACUGGGACUUGUCGGACAAGCAGCAGACGCAGGCGAAGAAGGGCGGCAAGUCCACCAAGUCUCUGCCUACCGGUAGACUCAUCUUCAAGGAAUACAAGGGCGACUCGGACGAGUCGUUCGACCUCUCGGUGACCGCGGAUUUGAGCAAUUUCCCCGAGCCCCCGUUGGGCAUCGUGGUCGGCAAGGGCAAGUUCGGCAGCAACACGGGCGUGUCGUGGUGGAUCAACAAGCCGUGGAGCGGCGGCGGUGGCAGCUACAAGCUGGACUUCAAGCUCAGCGCCAUCGAGAAAAUGACGCCACGUGGCGGCAGCGGCAGCAUUCUGGAGGUGCUCCAGGCCGUGGAUAAGGGUGUGGUGUCGGACUACUACACUGCUGUUCUCACCAAGUCCAGCAAGAAGUCUGGCGGCCUUGUUGGUGGCGGAUUCGUCAAGGGCUUCCCCAAUAUCCUGCCCAUGUUCAGUUGCUAGAGCAAGCGCUUGGGCGUCCGCCCAGGCCCUUACAGGAAAAUGAUACGGGAAUCAGCCCACUGAAUAAAAGUUGCCUCCACAGCUGCAUUUGGCGUUAGACUUGUUUUGUACUUUUAAAAGCUAAUUAUACGCUAUGCUAUAUGUACCACUGCCAUAGUCAGUCUGUUUGCAUCUUGACUUUAGGAUAGCUAUGGUAUGUGGCUUGAUGAGAACUUGCCUAUGUUUGUAUGAAGUGGCUGUACA